AUGGCUAGUCCGAGGACAAGACGCGUUCUGAAGGAAGUCCGAACCCAAGAUGAAAACAACACGUGCUUCGAGUGCGGGGCGUUUAACCCCCAGUGGGUGAGCGUGACGUACGGGAUCUGGAUCUGUCUCGAGUGCUCUGGCAAGCACAGGGGCCUGGGGGUCCACCUCAGCUUCGUGCGCUCCGUCACCAUGGACAAGUGGAAGGACAUUGAGUUGGAAAAGAUGAAGAUGGGCGGAAAUGCCAAGUUCCGCCAGUUCCUGGAGCAGCAGGACGAGUACGACCCAUGCUGGACCCUACAGGAAAAGUAUAACAGCCGAGUAGCUGCCCUCUUCAGGGACAAGGUGGCCACCUUAGCAGAAGGCAAGGAGUGGUCACUGGAGUCAUCCCCUGCCAACAACUGGAGCCCCCCGAAGCCCAAGACAGGCCUCUCCUCUUCUCACCGGAGCUCAGCAGGGACAGCCCAGAACUCUGGCUCUUCAUCAGACAAGGCAUUUGAAGACUGGCUGGGUGAUGAUAUCAACUCCUACCAGAGUGGUGGUGGUUACAGCAGUCAGGAGAAUCGCUAUGUUGGCUUUGGGAACACAGUGACACCCCAGAAAAAAGAUGAUGAUUUCUUCAACAAUGCCAUGUCCUCCAUUUACUCGGGCUGGAGCAGUUUCACUGUUGGAGCAAGCAAGUUUGCGUCAGUUGCGAAAGAAAAUACAUCAAAAAUUGCAAACCAGGCAACUCAAAAGUUCUGGGGAUAUAAACCUCCCCCAGAGCCGGCUGCUGAGUUAGGGCAGACUAUAAAUGAGAAUGUUAUUAAACCAACGCAUGAAAAGGUAAAAGAUGGAAAAAUAUUAGAUGAAGUCACAACUGGCAUUACUGGGCUGGCUAAUAAGGUUCAGGGAGUGGGUACAAAAGGCUGGAAGGAUAUGACUUCUUUCUUCUCUGGAAAAUCGGAAAACCCUGACAGGCCCUCGACAGGAGAUAGCUACCAGAACAUGGGCUCCUCGGAGGGGUACCAGAACAGCGACCCGGUCGAUAAGGACUUCUGGGAAUCCUUUGGCAGUGGCUCCAAGACUAAGAAGUCCCCAAGCAGCGACAGCUGGACCAUCCCGGACAACAACUCCGCCGGAAAGAAGAGCACGGAUAGCUGGGAUAACUGGGCCUCGGAAGGGGCCUCCAACAACAAGCACAGCACUGGAGACAGCUGGGAGGCCUGGGAGAACAACUGGGAGAGCGCCGGUGAGGGGAAAGUCAAGAAAACCCCCCCAAGACAGGCCGAAGAAGGCUGGGACAGUACAAAGUGGUAGAUUCAGGGCUGCAGCAGCCCGUAGUCUCAUAGUCACGGAUGUGUUGUCUGUUUGGGAGAAGUUUAAAAUGGUGCUAAUUGGUAUGACUUAGUGCUUCACACUGAAUUACAACCUGAACUCUGUUUGAUUUGGUCUCUUUUGGGGGGAAAAAAAUGUGUGCACCUCUACCAAUGCCUUUUUUUAAAUACAAAUGCAAAAGUCCUAAAAUUUUGUCCCAAAAGAGAAAAUAUGCUGAAUAUAAGCACUAUUUCAUCUGAAGGAAAAAAUACAAUUAUGUGUGCAAGGCUAUUUUAAAUCCCUAUUCCAGUGGGAUCGCUACAGUAAUGUUUUCAGAGGGCCGACAGCUAUGCAGGGUGACCUGUGUGCAGUCAGCCCUGAUCAUUUUCUGAAGUCUUAAAUCACUGCCAAUCAGCACUGUUAAACUCAUCCCAGAAAAUUCAAUCUUAAAGCAACAGGCACAUACAGCACUUCCUUCCCCCACUAUCAUCACAACAAGAAGUGUCAGGGUGGACAGUCAUAUGGCAUUCAUCUCAUCUUCCUGUACUGUACAUAGGUAAGGUUGUGUAUUUAUAAAGUGUGGGCGGAUGUGUGUGCAUGGUUGUGUGUGUGCGACGUGAGUAAAUGAUAUGUUGGGUAGCUCAGUUUAAGAAAUCUAAGGCUUCUGACACUUUAGACUGGAUCUUUUUUGCAGGAAGCCAUUUUCAUGAAGAUUUAACGCACAGUUGUCAUUGGGGGUGGGGGGGGGUCGGAAAUAUGUAAUCUGGUUAAAGCAAAUUUCGAAUCAAGCCUCUGGUCACAGCUAGAAGGACAUACUGUAGGACAGUGUGCCUGGCCAUGCUUUCCCAGCUCUGUGGUUAGAGAGGGCUUAAUUUCUCAGCUUUUCUGUUCAGACCUGUACAAAUCAUUGUGCUUUGGAGCAAUUAAAUUUUAGACACAUGCAGAUGGAACCAUGGGAAAUACAGUCCCCAUAAACAGUAGCUGUACAAACCAGAGAGCCGUUCAUCUCUUGAUGAGCUGGUGAUUUUUUAAGAACUGUAAAGACACUAUAAAACGUUUAUCUUGUAUUUAAUUCAGCUAAGUACACAGCAUGUGCCCUUGCUGUAUAGCAAUGUCAGUGCCGUCACUGUCCAUAGGAACAUUUCCCGGGGUGUCAGUUGGCUUGUGAAACCCAGUUUCAUUUUCCCACUGUGCACAGGUUUGACAGGCUCAGCAUUUGAGUGUGCAAACUUUCACAAGUGCUUCAGCAACUCGAGAAAGUUUUGAAAUCCACUCCAGUGUUUUGAAAUCCACUCUCGUUCAGUUGUCGCGUUAUUCAUCGUAAUGUAACUGAGGCCCUAGUGCCUGAGCCAAGUGGUGUUCUAGCACAGGGCAAGAAUUUCAAAAAAGGCAAGAACAAGUUUGCACAUCGAUGCUCACGGUUUUUCACUAAAGAAAAAUCAAUGAAAGUUUACGUUUUGUUUGUAAUGAUUAAAACAAUAAGUGCAUUAAAAAUUGCUUGUUAAUCUUUUUUUAGCAGACAAUGUCUGUUCUGCUAAUGUUCAAGUUCUGUAUUUUUUCCUUUUAUCUCAAAUUAGUGAGAUUACCUUUGGGUCUUAUUUUAAAAAAUCAUGCAAUUUAAUUAAUACUUUUUACUUUCAUCCUACUGCAUAGCACAGCUAGCAUGGUAAUCAUUAAGAGCUGAGACAAAACCUGCACCUUAACUUUAAAUAAAGGGCAAACCCUUCCAGUUUUGUUAAGGGUCAGAUGAGAACCAAUUCAGAAAUGUUAAAUAUGAAUUACUUUUCAGCUUCUGUUUUGUUUUUAUAUCCCGUAUUGCAAUUGCAAAAUCGUGUGUUCAGUUUUUCAAAUGUAAAUGCAUUUUGUCUCCAGAACUAAAGUCAAGCAUGUUGUUACUGUGAGAUGUCAGCGCCUUGCACCCACUACCGUCUUAAGAGUGACGUUCUCUCUCACUGAAGAUGGCCUGUCUAGAAGUGGCUUAAUGCUUUGUUCUCAGACUAUUUGCCUAAUUGUACUAAUUAUGGUUUUCAAGAUAGAUGCCUUUGGAUAUUUAGAAAAUAUUUCAAAAUUGCAAUACAGAGAAACCUGUUUUAAAGAGGCAAAUGCAGGAUACAGAGACCGAUUUAAAUUAGCCAUAAAGUGACAUCUAAGUAUUAUUUGAACUUAAUAUAUUGUGUAGGUAUCUGACUUAUAAUGUGGUUGUCAAACAUAGGCAUGGAAUUACCAGAAGAGUCCAUAUUUAUCUGUUAUUCUUUGCUGGAAACAUGACAUUAUCCUCUAACCCGUUAUUUUUUCAAAAAACUAUCUCAGCUGUUUUUUUUUAUGCUUGAUUUUUGUAAACCUCUGAAGAGUCCGGUGUUUGGGUAUUAAGUCUAUAGUACACCAAACAAAACCGUAAAUAUGCUUCUCACGUGGUAGGAACUGCGGGACAAGCUACAUAUUUUUACUACUUACUAGGUAUUUUUUCCUAUCUAACAGACGGCGCAAUUGGAAAUAGUGCUUCUCUUUCCUCUACAGUCUGGAACAUCCCCUGACUUCCUUAUGUCAUUGUUUUUUUUUUCCACUUUUCAAGUUAAUUCAGGCCAGUCGGUAGGGUUUUUAUAGUUAAGAGUUCUAAACCACAUUAGUUUCUUCAUAGUACUUUAUAUGGCAUAUACACUACUAGUUAUUUAGAAUGCAUAUUUGGCAUUUAUGGAUUUUAAAUGAAUAAUUUUUAUGGGGUAAAAUGAUCAUGGUUUCAUAAUGGACUGGUCAAUUUUAAUUAAUGUAACAUCUAUCGAGCUGUAGACUAACUUUGGUAUUCUUACUAGGUUUUGACUGGAGCGAUACAGCUGUCACAGUCUAAACUGAUCUGAUAAUAUUUCAGAGAACAUUUUUGCUCCUUAACUACCCUUUAUCAAUAUAGUUAACUGCACUCCACUAUUUGUAUAUGUCUCUCCUUUAUCUGGCUUUUAGUAUCCCAUCUGCUACUCUUCGGCAUCCCCUUCACAGAGCAGUUUUAAAGUAUGUGGUGGUUGUAGGCAGGUCUGCCAGUGUGUCUGCAUUGUUUGGUCAGUCAGUUGUGAAUUUCUCUGCCUAUCAAUCCUCAGCUUACCCAUACCUUCAGACUCCAUCACUGCAUGUACUUGUUCUUUGUCUUUGAAAACAAGUCUUACUUCCGUUUCAUUAAUCAUCUGAAAAAGAAAUGUGAACUUCACGUUAUUAAAGAGAAAAGAUUGGGGAGCACUCUUGAAAAGUAUGUCCUCUCUCGGAGAUGAGGAAAAGGAUCGUUUUAGGAGUGUUUCGAUGAAUGGGUCUGACGUAGCCAGGCACAUUCAGGACUUAGUGAUUCUGUGGUAUUUGUAUACAGUAGUGUACGUUUCCUUCCCUUCAUUUGUUUGAAUGAAUUCAGAUGUUUUAACGCUUUCAAGCCUUAAGUGUCCACCCUGCCUCUUUCAGACUGAACCUUGACUGCAUUGGUGUUUACAGAUAAAUUCUGUCAACCUCAACACAGUGUUGUAAGCUUAACAUUUCCUUGCAUUGCCUACAAUCGCAUGACAGGUUUUUUGAUUCAAGUACUAAGUAGAAAUCAAUCAAAUUUUGCUGUUUUUUGACUUUGGUGCAUUGUUCCUUCUCUUCCUUCAAAUAAUGCCUUUGAUUAAUAAGUAUCAAACAUUUUAACCUUUGUAGAUUGACUACGAAUUUCCUUAUGAUAAUGUUAAAUGCCCUAAUAACCUUAAUGGAAUGUCGCUUUUCAUUACGCGAGCAUGGUUUUAUUGCGAAUACUUCAUCAGGAGACUGAGAUAGCAGCUUUGACUUCCAGCAUAUCCCACAUAUCCUGUGAUUUAAGCCCUUUACCCUUUCAUUUCAUAUUCCAAAUUCAAUUCCAAAAUUUCAAACAUGAGGCUGAGGGGGGAAAACUGCACAUUUUUAACCUGAAUUAAGGGCAUCUCUUCAAUUCCAACUAAAAGUCAAAUAAACCCACUUGGAAUGCCAGAGAACACAAAGCUGAUGUCUAGUGUCUUGAUUGUGCUUUGAUGAUUUGUCACUUUCACCUGUCAACGAAAGUAAUGCUGUUACAGGUAUUUUGAACCAGAUUUGGUUUUGUUUUUAAGCUGCUGCCUGUUAAUUCAUCAGUAUUCCAUUUACUAAAAUGCAUAAAGCAGGAUGUGAGCAGACAUGUACGAGAAUUCAUUCUGAAAUACCCCUGCCAAACCCGACAGUUUUCCUUCUUACUUUCUUAUCCAUUAACUAGCCUAUUUCUUAAAAUUAUGUACAGUACAAUACAUUGAUUGAAGACCCUUAAGUUAACUAUGUUAAUGAUAUUUAUAUUCAUUGAGGAUAAACAUCAAAUUUUUUGCAGCAUUCUUUUAUAAUUUGUAGUGUAUGUUAUAACUUGUUUAUUACUGGGUUUAUAAAAUCAGUCUUAUUAUGUGAAACUAGGUCCCAGGAAAGGACAGAUACUUCACCUCUCAGUUUUAAAUAAAGAUUUACAUCUUCCCCUUUCAAUCUAUUGUAAAAUUUAAAGGCCUGGAAGUUGUACAUAUAGAAGUGUAUAGCAUAUCAAAUUAUAUUUUAGAAAUCUAAGCAAAUGACAACAAUAUAAAAUGGAGCUUUUUUGGGGAGUAGGUUUAACUCCACUGGGGUUUUCACCCACUGCUAGAUGUUGAGUGGAUUUACUGGUUGAUUCUCAACUCAUAUGUCUCCUGCUGCUUUCAAGCACUUAGUGGUUUCAAAGUGAAAGAAAGUUUGUUGACGUACCUUGUGAAGUGUCCAGAAACCUUGUAAAUGUAGUGUCUGUUAUUUCUCUGCAACUUCAGUAUUCGGGAUUCCCACCCCUCCAGAAUCAGCACUGCAUACAUUCCAUGGGUGCCAGGACAUUUCUCCAUCACUGUGCCGAAUUUCUGUGCAAUAGUUCUCUGGCCUCAGAAAACCGAGAGUUUUUUUUCUUUACCCUUAACUCAUGCAGGGCAAGGAAUCACCAAACUGGUGUGCAGCAAAAAGCUCUUGGAUUUCUUGCUCUCUGUUAUCUCUUGUUUGGGGGAAAAAAAGCUUAAUAAAGCUGAUAUAAAUACA